UUGCUAUCUUCUGCGUUAUUGUCGCUGAAACGUCUUGUUCUUCGUUACGAGCAUAUUUGUUGAAUAUACUUAAUACAUCUGAUACCUAUCAUAACCAUGAAGACUGGACUUGCGUUUUCGGUAUUGCCGCUGCUUGCGAUGGGUCAAAGCAACGUUACUGCAACGAUCGACAUCCCUCCCAGCUCAACUCUCGCGGUCGUCAUCCCCAUCAUCACCACACAAACCACCGACUUCACAACCAUAACCUCCUGCGCUGCUUCCAUCGCCGGCUGUCCUGCCUCCUCUGCUGCCUCUGCAGUCGCUACAACCAAUGCUCUUUCCAUCCUCUCUUCAGCACUGGCGACUUUCCCGUCCUCACUCCAAACAUACACUUUCUCAGAAUACAGCAGGAGUCAGACGAAUGUUGCACCUAGCCCUAUUGGACCUACGACUGCAAGCUCGAGCGUGACUCAAAGUCAGAGCACUGGAGCAGCAGGAAGUACGAUCACAGCAUCUACAGUUGUGGUCAGUAGUGGUCAGACUGUGACAUUGCUGUCGAGUGGAGGCAGUUUGAUCUCUUUGACCACGGCUACGAGCACGGCUGCUGCAUCUACCACUGUCACGACAUCUGGGUCUACGGUUGUGGUUCCCGUGUCCAGCCAGAGUGGAAGCAGUGUCGCAUCUAGCAUUGCUUCCUCAAUCGCCAGCUCUGUCUCUUCUUCGGCAGUUGUGUCCACGGAUACUUUGACCACUUUGACGACGAUCACUUCUUUCACGACAUCAGGAAGUGCCGCUGCGUCCCCAACACAAGAGCAAAGCUCGACGUCUGAAUCUGCUGCUGCUGCUUCUUCAUCCGCGGCGUCGUCUCAACAGACAACAUCGGCACCGGCAUCUAGAACAUCGACGGCAGCUUCGAGCAGGACCUCUUCCGUAACACCUGCUUCUACCACUGCAGCUCCACCUGCCAGCGCUGGUUCCAUGAUCGUUCCUUCCUAUGGUUUCGCUUUAGCCUUUGCCCUUUUCUGCGGCGUCCUGGUCUAAGAGCUCUUUGACUGAGCGAUGUUUCUUUUUUGAGGUUUCGAGGAUAACAACCUGACGUGUUUGGGACGAUUUGGAAUGAUGUUGAUGUUGAUCUUGAUGAGUUCUUGAGGAUGAUUACGAAUGAUUUAUGAUUGAUGUGGGUUGGAAAGU